CACACCUCCUCAGAAGCAACUCUCUGCAUUGGGUUUCUUGACACAUUUGCAGCUCACCUAGCAGAAUCAGCCCUUUCUUCUCUCCAGCAAGGUGAAGGAUUUAAAUGACACGAGGAUGAACCAAACUAGGCCACGCUAUGUCAUCGACCGUCCUGCCUAUUCUGUUGGGGUCUUCGAUGAGGAGUUUGAGAAGAAAAGCAGAAGUUAUCCACUGGGAGAAAAAUUGAAAAACCUUUUCAGAUGUUCAUCAUCCAGAUGCAAAAUCAUCCUCUACAGUCUGUUCCCCAUACUCGUCUGGCUCCCCAAAUACAAAAUCAAGGACUACAUUUUGCCCGAUGUUCUCGGCGGGCUCAGUGCAGGGACAAUUCAAGUGCCGCAAGGCAUGGCCUUUGCACUACUGGCCAAUCUCCCUCCUGUCAAUGGGCUCUACUCCUCCUUCUUCCCCUUGAUAACAUACUUCAUCCUUGGUGGCAUCCACCAAAUGGUCCCAGGGACCUUUGCAGUCAUCAGCAUUAUCGUUGGGAAUGUCUGCCAUGAGCUGGCUCCUGAGUCUGACUUCCAGUACUUUAACCAUACCACCAAUGAGAUACAUGUCAACAACACUGCCAUGGAGGCAGCCAGACUGGAGAUCUCAGCCACGUUAGCUUGUCUGACGGCCAUAAUACAAAUUUGCCUGGGCUUUGUGCAGUUUGGCUUUGUAGCCAUCUACCUCUCAGAAUCUUUCAUCAGGGGCUUCAUGACCGCAGCAGGGCUCCAGAUCCUCAUCUCCGUGCUCAAGUACGUCUUUGGCUUGAAGGUCCCAGCUUACACCGGGCCCCUCGCUAUUGUCUACACUUUUAUCGAUAUUUGCAAGAACCUCCCCAAGACCAAUGUGGCCUCCUUGGUCUAUGCCUUGGUCAGCGCUGUGCUCCUGAUUAUUGUGAAAGAGCUGAACCUCAAGUACAUGAAGAAGAUCCGGGUGCCUAUCCCAAUGGAGAUCAUCAUAGUUAUAGUAGCCACUGCAAUCUCUGGCUGCUUGGGCAUGCCUGAGAAAUACCACAUGCCAGUAGUUGGGAAGAUUAGCAUGGGCUUCCCAGCCCCAGUGCUCCCUCUGGUGAGCAAGUGGAAGGAUAUGAUCGGCACGGCUUUCUCGCUCGCCAUUGUUGGCUACGUGAUCAACCUGGCUAUGGGACGGACCCUGGGAACCAAACAUGGCUACAACGUGGACCCCAACCAGGAGAUGCUUGCCCUGGGCUGCAGCAACUUCUUUGGAUCCUUUUUCAAAAUCCAUGUGAUCUGCUGUGCUCUGUCAGUAACCUUAGCUGUGGAUGGAGCUGGAGGAAAAUCUCAGGUGGCAAGUUUCUUUGUGGCACUGGUGGUUAUGGUAACCAUGCUGUCUUUGGGGACUUACCUCUAUCCCCUUCCAAAGUCUGUGCUUGGAGCCUUGAUAGCGGUGAACCUGAAAAACUCCCUCAAGCAGCUGGCGGAUCCCUUCUACCUGUGGAAGAAAAGCAAGCUGGAUUGUAUGGUCUGGAUGGUGAGUUUCCUGUCGGCCUUCAUCCUGGGCCUGCCCUACGGAGUUGCUGUUGGCGUGGGAUUCUCUGUGCUAGUGGUGGUUUUUCACACUCAGUUUCGUAACGGUUCUGCCCUGGGUCAGGUAACCUCCACUGACAUAUAUAAGAACCCCAAAGCCUUCAACAAGGUCCAUGAACUUGAUGGGAUAAAAAUCGUGACCUACUGCUCCCCACUGUACUUUGCCAACUCAGAGAUAUUUAGGGAGAAGGUUAUAGCAAAGACAGGGGUGGAUCCUGGAAAAGUGUACUUAGCCAGAAAGAAAUAUGUGAAACAGCAGGAGAAGGCAACCGUACACCAGCCAACAAAGCUACAGAAAUUCUUAUACAAGAAGAACAAGACCCUGUCUUUGCAAGAGCUCCAGAAAGAUUUUGAAAGCACAUCCCCAACGGACACCAACAACAACCAGACGGCUGCCAACGGCACCAGUGUCUCCUACAUUACGUUCCGCCCCCCUGCCAACCACGCUGGGCAAGUGAAUGCUUCGAGCGAGCUGGGCAGCACCUCUAGCCUUCGGAGUAGUACCUGCAGCGUUAUCCCUGCGCCAACUGUGGACCCCAUGACCACAGCACCACCCUACGUCAGCUUCCACACCAUUAUUCUAGAUAUGAGUGGAGUGUGUUUUGUAGACCUGAUGGGGACAAAAGCUCUGGGGAAGCUGUGCUCCAGCUAUCAGAAGAUUGGGAUUAAAGUUUUCUUGGCAAAUGUCCAUGCUCAGGUAUUUGAUGACAUUAGCACAGGUGGAGUCUUUGAAGAAGGAGGCCUAGACCGCAGUCACAUCUUCUUGACCAUCCAUGAUGCUGUUUUAUUUGCACUGGCCAACAUGAAAGGAGUCGUCCAUCUUCCCAUCUUAGAAGAGAGGCCGAUUCAGACAGAACUCUCUAUCUAUGAUGAGUCUGCAGAUGAAAGCAGUGCAGAAUUCAAGAACUUGGAGGAAGAGAUGUUUGGAAGUAUGUUCCAUUCAGAUGCCCAGACGGCUCUGUGAGCACGUGGGGAAGAUAACUGUGCCAACAAAUCCUUCAGAACUGUUUCCUAUUACACACCCCUUUAGGAAGAAGCUUCUGCAGUCUAUGUUGUAAGAAGAGCAGCUUUUAUGUGCUCUUGCCCAGGGAUAGUAAUGACUUUGCAGAAUGAGGGGCCAUCAUUCCUCCUGUACCAACAUCUCUCCUUUGUUCUCUUCUUCUGGAACUUGGAGCAAAGGACUCUUGGAGCAGGUGACAUAAUACAGCAGAAGCAGGAACUCAGGAAAUAACAUUCAACUAGGCACAGAAGAGAAGGACAUUCAUUUAAUGGCAGGUGCCUUAAUGUACAGGAUUAUUAUUAGUCACCAUUGCCAACCCUCUUCCACCAGAACACCACCCCCCCCAGCAUGUGGACUGUGUAACCCAGGAAUCACAGUCUAUUUUGCUUUUUCUGAUCAAGUGAAGCAUAAGGAAAUAUCACAGGCCAUUCCUGGCUUUGAUUCAUAAACAAAAAUAGCCCUCACAAGGGGAAGUGAUGUAGGCUUGCAGGACACAGAUGUGUUAAAUGUGAACUUUGCAUUCUGCACCCUGAGUGUAAAACCCUGAAUUUCCUGGGACUGCUGCCUAGAACCACCUCUGCAUUCUCUGUAUUGCCCUUCUCCCCUGAGCUCUCCAUGACUGCACAUGCCAGUGCUCUGAAUUUCUGCUCCUCUGAAAUCUGUGGUACCACUGCAUAUCAGCAGUGCCGCUUUCUGGAUUAUAGGAGAGUUUUUCUUUGGCCUCGGUUGGUUCCCAUGACCAAGAGCUCCUUGCUGUUGGGGGACUUCCAUGCACAUGUUGGCCUUCCCAAUAGUCUGGGUGUUUUAAAUAAAGUUUAUUUGAAACACCUGCAAAGUUAAAGUUCACUUAAGUCAAUGGGAACCUUUCCAAGGACUGCAGCAGGCCUUUGAUCAGGCCAUUAGUCCAGGGAUAUCAUGACAGCAUUUAUUCCUAUGAUAUUUUGAGGCUUCCUCUUCCUGCUUUUGAUAAUGGGUUACUGCUUACAGGUUCAGUUGGGGGUCAGUUUGAGACUUGGACAAGUGGUUCAGGGCAAUAAGUUUUUCCAAACUAGUCUGCUCAUCCCUAAUAAGUUCAGGACUGUAGGAGAAGAAGAGACUCUUCAGUAUAAUGCAUACAUCCAACAAUUUUAAAAAGAUGCUAUUCCACAAGAUCAAUAUAGUUAGAGCAUGAGCAAGUUUUCUGACUUCCUGCCCCUUGGGCAGGGGGCUGGACCUGACGAUCUUACGAGGUCCCUUCCAGCUCUGUCUAUGAAAUCUGUGAAGUUUUGUGUCUGCAGUCAGUCAGCAGUUCUUGAGAUCUUACAGCUAACUUCUUUGGGCUUAAACUCAUGUGGGAUCUCAUGUGAUCACCUAAAAAACAAGAGAAUGCUCAUCUGCUGGUUUAAGUGCCUGGUCCCUUACAAGCAGCUGCCACCUAUCGCAUGCUAGAAAAUUUUAAUUAAAAUUCUCCAUAGCCUGAUGCUACCAGGACCAUCUACCUCUUGGGCAGGCAAGCCUGACUCAACAACCUGGGGACAGACAGAUGAGAUCUUUUUAAUUUUUUUAAACCCUAACUACUUUUAUACAUAAAAAAGUAUGGGUGAUGCUAAUGACUCUCUGCUAUUUUAGCUUUCUAAUGCCUCCUUUCCAUCCCAAAGCUGAUUCUCUGAAGCAUGGAAUAAGAUUAGAUAUAUUUAAAGUGAAUAUGAAGUCUGAAAAAAUAUAACAAGCUGAGGGUUAAAGGGAUGUUUAUUAAAUAUAUUUAGGCCCCAAAUUCAAGGUUUGACAAAAUUAAGUUUGCAGAAAUAAUUCCCUGUGAUUUUUUUUUUUUUUUUAACUGCAAUGAAAAAACAGGUUUGUUUGUUUUUCGGCUAGGAUUUUAAACUUUACCUUGAAGUGUUUCCAGUAUUGGGAUAAAGUAGGAAGACCUGAAGGUGAACCUGACUACAAACAAAAAAUAAAACUUGACUAGUCUGUGUUUCAUUCCAUGAAUGCAAAAAUAAACAAUGGCCUUACUAAUGAAAAACAAA